AGUUAUUUCCUUCAGAUGAUUCUCCAAUGCCAGUGACUUCCCGGGUGUGCUUUGUGAAGUUCCAGGAGCCAGAGUCUGUCGGAGUGUCUCAACAUCUGACAAACACUGUGUUUGUGGACAGAGCUUUGAUCGUGGUACCAUUUGCUGAAGGUUUGUCUCUUUAUUCCAAUGUAUAAUCACUCCUUGUUGAUCGAAUGGCAUGACUCUUGAAUCGUGACAGUGCAAAUGAGUAAACGGGAUUUUAUCUGUCCCAUUUGUGAACUGCACAAGUCAACUCACCCUGGUCCGUUUACUUGAGCUUUUUAAGAUAACAUGAAUGCAACUGGUAAUGCCAUUCCCUCCAGAAGUGGUAAAAGCUGACAUCUGUUGUCAGAUUUUUGGUAUACUGUAGUAGAAAAGUGCAUAUCUUUUUUUAGCACCACAAUGCAAUUCCCUUCAUUAUCUGGAUUUUACUUCUCUAGGAAAAUAAAUAUCAGGCUUUUCAUCUAUGUCUAAAACCACAAUUUGCUUUGAAGUUACAAAGUGCAGUAUACCAAAAUCUGCUUUACACACUAGGAUUUGAACAUUCCCCAGCUGUGGGCGCCGCAGACACAUCAAAGUUCAGAAGUGAAGUAGUUAAAACACUUAACCAUAUGCAUUUUAUUUUCUCCCCCCAUAUUGGACUAUCCUCUGUUAAACUUAUCUCUGUUAUUUGUGUGUGUGUGCGUGUGUGUGAUUUUUGUAGUGAAGAAGGCAAAAGCAGCCCCCUCGUUGAUGGCUGAAAGUGGUCCUCUGCCUGCCAACAGGGGAUUGUAGACAUUUGCAAAGGCCAGCAAGCAUUCAAGCCCCACCCCUCUCUUUUUGUGUCCUCUAUUCUUUCUCUGCCUUGUCUUUCUCUUUUCCUCUAUUUAAUUUAUCUUUCCUAGGUGAUUUAGUUUAGAAUUUAAAGGUCAGAUAUCAAGGACCAAACCUGAAACGGUGCUUAUUCUACACUAUUUUACUAUACUUUUGAGCACCCCUUGGCCAUUUAUGUUAUGGCUAAAAUACUUGUUUCUUCACAGAUAAAGCUGGGUGUAUUCUUAUUUUUUUUUAAAUGUCAAGUAGUCCCAUGAAGACAAAAAGACCACUGUAGUCCAAAAACUUUGACAUGUACAUGUGUUCAUUACGAUGAAAACAGCUGAUGCAGUUUGAGUCAGUGCCACAGGCACUAUCCUGCUGUUGUAAAUAUUCACUUGUAUACCAAAUGUGUGUCAUUCCACAACACUUAACCCUGUUUGAACAACUGUAGCUGAAAACUAAAGAGCUGACAUGUUUAAGGAAAUUACUAAGGAUUUUAGAACAGUUAAAUUAUAUAUCUGUGACCUGAAGAUUUCGGUAGUAAAAAAAUGCAUUGCAGCUGAGAGACAGGGCACAGAAGUCACAGUAAUGAGAGGUUAACACAUUGGGUUUGGUCUAGUGAUGGGUUAUAUGAUACAGCAUGACAUUAUUAUUCCAUCCUCAUGAUUUCUAAAAGUGGUAAUAAAGAACUACUUUGAAAUAGCAUCAGUUAUUUGGGUCUGCUGACAAAAUGCAGUAGUAGACAACGAGGUAUAGUCAGUUGUGCAAAAACCACAAUGUCCAGGUAACUUUAUCUGCACAGACAAACUGAAAAUGUACUUAAUUCUUCAGUAGGUCAUCUCUUGGGAAGUUUGAGCUAAGUUUGGACCUAACAAGAGCAACAGUAAUCAGUGAUUGGUGGUCUGAUACAAUAAAUGUAUUGGCAUAAAACUCCAUCUGGUCAUACAUUUUACUGAGUUAGCCACCCGACAUGACACGAUGUUGGUACAAUAUUAUCUUUAACAGUGGUUUUCUUUUGUUGUUGUGUUUUACAGUUCUUUUUCCUGGCUCAGCCAGUCCUGUAUACCAGGCCCUGCUGAAAAUACCAUCCAACAGUUUUGUCUCCUGCAGAAAUUUCUCUCUCCAGUGUGCUCUUGUAUUUAAAUGUUGUCACUGUUGUGUGUCCGUAUCUAGGUCUUGUCUUUUUGUGGAAAAAGUUGUAUUGGGAGUGCAUUAAGUGUGAGAUGGUUAUGGAGUGUUUGUUAAUUUGCGCCAUUUUAAAAACAAAAUAAGAGGUAUAUUGCAACUAAAGAUGAUACAUUUUCAAUUGGACUGUGGUAGCAUAAAUUGAACAACCCAUCAUCCUCUGUCCAGGUUUGUGUAAUUGAUGCAGUGACAGGUAAGGAUACUAAGAUCAUGAUGUACAGCAGGCACGCUACCUACCCUGAAUUUUGUUACCAUUUAGCAUAUGAACCACUUAAAAAUGUGUUUUGGUAAGUAGACACUGAUAGCUUGUAUAGUGUUCUUGCCAAAUCCCUAAAAUUCUCUCUGUUGUGUGUAUCUCGAUUUUUCUCUGUGUGCUUUUAGUAGCGAAGCCGCCAACGUACGUGAGUCGCUUGUUUCAGUAAACGUCUAAAUGAAAAUUGAGGGCACACCCAACUGGAGAAGCAGCUGUGCUUGCUAACGUUUGGUUCAUGACUUAAAAAACACAUUCAGGAUCUAUUCCAGAUGAGGCUAAAGCUUUGUCACUGUUGGCGCCAGCAAAUGCUGUUGCAGGAAUUCUGCCAGGAGGAGGCCUUCUUCCAACGCCUAAUCCCAUCCCCAAUCCACCUCUUGGAGCGAACCCCUUCGGUGGUCCGAACAUGGAUGCAAUGGCAGCAUUUGGAUUCCCUGGACCCAAUAUGAAUCCCCAGGCUGCUGACCAGCUGUUAAAGUUCAUGACAGAUCCAAAACUGAAUCCCUUGGCUGCUGGCUUAAACCUGAAUCCAGGUCUGAAGGCUGACGCAUCUAAUAAAGAGAUCGAAGAGGCCAUGAAGAGAGUCAGGGAGGCCCAGUCGCUCAUUUCUGCUGCUAUUGAACCUGGACAUAAAGAGAGCAAAAAGAAGCGCUCUCGGUCACGGUCUAGGUCCAGAAGGAGGAGGACCAGAUCGCGUUCAAGACACAGGCGAACCAGGAGCAGAUCAAGGCGCAGGUCAAGCUCGAGAAGCAGAAGGCGCUCCAAAAGCCCACGCAGGAGACGCACCCACUCCAGAGACAGAGGCAGGCGAUCUCCAAGCAGAUCCAGAGAGAGAAAGAAAGAUGAUUCUGGGAGAAGAAGAUCCAAAACACCUCCGAAAAGCUACAGCACAGCCAGGAGGUCACGCAGUGCGAGCCGGAGACGCAGGAGAAGUCGCAGCAUUAGCAGAUCUCCUAAGAAGUCUCCUAAAAGGAGAAGCUCUCGAUCUCCAUCUCCUCGAAGACACAAGAAGGAAAAGAGGAGGGAUAAGGAAAGAGACAGGGAUCGCAGGAGUGAUAAAGAGCGCGGCCGUGAUGAACGAGAGCGCUCCCCCAGCAAGAAGAAGAAAAGCAAAGACAAAGAACGGGAGCGUGAAAGGAAAUCAGAUGGAGAGAAAGGAGAUAUUAAGAUCACCAGGGAUUACGAUGAAGAAGAACAAGGCUACGACAGUGAGAAGGAGAGGGAGGAGAGGAAGGAUUCAGAUGACUCUGCUCUGUCUCCUCAGUCGGUAGAAGGUAACGGGACAGCGCGGCUCGUGAAGCACGCCAAAGUAAACGGCGCUGACGAUCACCACGAAGAGGACAUGGACGUCAGCGACUGAGUGAUCUGUCUGGCCCGGUCCCGCAUUAUCCCUCUGUUUUGGUUGUGAACAUGUUAUUACUUUUUCCCAAAUGGGGUAAAUCUAAAAUGUGAAGUGUUUGAAAUGUAUCAGUUUAUCUCUCAGAAGAGAAUUCUGUUUUGCAAAUGUAUAAUGCAGAAUAGUUUGCCCAAUGACGUUUCUCCUGGUUUAUCACAUUACUUUAAAUAUUCAUAUUCUCUUUGCCACCACAGAUGUAAUCUGACUGGAAGUAGGCUUGCUUUGGUUUACUUGAGCUUGUGUUAUAUGAUUUUGUCUCUUCUUCACGUAUUGUAUCUUAAUUUUUGUUUCGUGUUGUGAUGCUCAGGCCUCUUUCUCCAAACAGUUACUACAUUUACCUUCAAGUGCUGAUUGUUUUAUCAAGAUUUCUUUUAUAUAAUAAAGCCUAUUAGGAGAACUAA